AUGGAAGUUUUCCUCUGCCCCGCGUGUCGGCUUGUCCUGUGGGACCCGGUGACCGUCUCCUGCGGCCAUUCCUUCUGCAAGCGGUGCCUGGGCGAGGCGCUGCCCUCCCGCUGCCUCGUGUGCCGGGGGAGGCUGAGACUCCUGGGCUCCAGAGCGGUGCACUGCAACGUCCUGCUGGGCAGCCUGCUGGAGAAGUGCCUGGCCCGGGACACCCAGCUGGCCCGGCUGCAAAGCCACGCGCAAGAGCUGCUCCGGGGCCGGGACUACAGGGCUGCUCUGAGGACAACCCAGAAAGGACUCGAACUGGCUCCUGAUGAUGUUUCGCUGAGGCUGUGCCGGUCGGAGGCGUAUGUGGCCCUGCAGCAGUAUUCAGAGGCGCUGGAGGAUUUGGAGGUGGUGUGUCGGAGUGAGCCAGAAGAGUGUGAGGGCUAUUUCCGGAAAGGGAAGGUGCUGCUGGAGUUGGGAGAGAAGUCCGAAGCCUUGCUGCAGUUCCACCAUUGCCUUACACUCAAUCCCAGCUUCCCUGCCGCUCAGCACGAGAUGGAGAAGAUCCUCACACAGGCUGACUCCCCAUUCCCAGGCACUGUCGUGGAGCUACUGAGUGCUGCCAGCCUGGACUUUAAAAGCUCCAACUCAGGGAAGGAAGGAGCAGACCCUCUGCUGAGGCCCUCUUCCGGAGGAGAGUACGGGCAGGAUCCAGAGAGAGAGACGGAGGAUGGGAAGGGGGAAGCUUUGUCUGAACGUAGCCAGUUGGAGCCUCGAAGUCCCCAGCAGCCUGCCUGGUGGCCGAGGAGAAGGAAAGACUCAGGGACUUCAGCAGAGAGGCAAGAGGGGAGAUCAUUAGGUAUUGGGGAGGAAAUGGCAGACACAGCCGCAGCAAAAUCUAGCCAUCGCCACGAGCCAGAGCUUAGGGACCUACUGAGCGUGUCUGACCUGGAGUGCUCCCUCUGCAUACGGAUGUUCUUUGAGCCAGUGACCACGCCCUGCGGCCACACCUUCUGCAAGGAGUGCCUGGAGCGCAGUCUGGACCACAGGCCCAACUGCCCACUCUGCAAACAGAGCCUGAGAGAGUAUUUGAAGGCUGGGAAGUACAACCCCACCGUGCUGCUGGUGGAGAUCAUGGUGGCCACCUUUCCCUCGCAGCUGGCAGACAGGAAACGGGUGCAUGAGGCUGAGAUGGCAGAGCUCUCAAACCUGACCAAGAACAUCCCCAUCUUCGUGUGCACCAUGUCUUUCCCGGGCAUCUCGUGCCCGCUGCACGUCUUUGAACCUCGCUACCGUCUCAUGAUGCGGAGGUGCCAGGAGACCGGCACGAAGAUGUUUGGCAUGUGUAUGUAUGAGAAUGGGAAGAGUUUCGCGGACUACGGCUGCAUGUUGGAGAUUCAGCACAUAGAGUUCUUGGCCGACGGGCGAUCCCUGGUGGACACGAUAGGAAGGCGUCGGUUCCGGGUGCUGAGACGGGGGCACAGGGACGGCUACAACACUGCUGAUAUCGAGUACCUGGAGGAUGAGAAGGUGGAAGGGGAAGAGCUGGCUGAGCUUCAGCAUCUGCACGAAUGCACCUACCAGCAGGCGCAGAAGUUUUGUGAACACGGGGAUGCCGCCUUGAGGCAGAUUCUGAUGCACCGCGGACCCCUGCCUGAGAAGGAAGAGGACAUCCAGGCCACCAAAGAUGGACCAGCUUGGUGUUGGUGGCUUAUUUCCAUCUUGCCCCUGGACCCAUCCGACCAGCUCCGGCUCUUUGCCACCACCUCGCUGCGGGCCCGCCUCACUCAGCUGAAGCACAUCUUGACCGGCAUCCUGCAGCGCCGCGAUUACGGCCACCAACUCGCAGACCUGCGCCCGAGAGGCAGGAUCUAAAAUCCAGGGCGUUGCCGGUGCCUUGGCCAAGUCGACAAGCACUUUGGGAGGGCCGCCCACGGGUGGGAUGGAGAUGUCGCCCGUUUUAUUUCUGUGUUUGGCCUCCAUGUUUUCAUUGUCUUUUCUUCCUCACACCGACCUCAGCAGCCGGCCGCGCGCAAGCCUCUCCGGCAAACAGAGCUGGAAAGGGCAUGCAGUGGCAGCUAGAGUCCUUGAUCGAUUAGUGAUACCACGCCGUCCAUGCAGUCUUGAUAAGCUGCUUAGGGGAUUUAGGAGCAUCUCACUAGGUCUGAGGAAGGCAGCAUGUCUGAAGGUGGGGCCAGGCUAAGGACACUGGCUUGCCUCUAUGAACCAAAGCCCCAUGCCAAGUUAUUUUGGUAUCAAGAAAUCUCGAGGGCAAUCAGAAAUGAAUGCCAGGUGUCGCGUUGUUUUGGACUCUUCCACAUUCAGCGUCACUAGCGUUUGCUAGCUUGUCCCAGUCUCUGCACUCUAGGUGAGGAAAAGGGGCUUUAAAUCAUUGGAAGCGUUGUAACAGGAGGGGGGAGGUUUCAGUAGCUUCCCGUGAGUUAGAGUUGGUGCCUUUAAUCAUGAGUUUGAUCUGAUAGUCCAUAAAAAAGAGAAUUAAGUUAAAUUAAUUAAAUUAAAUUAAAUAAUCGGAUCUUCUCAGGUCAGCUUCUAACAGCUGCUUAUGGCCAAAAAUCCCGAAAGAGAAGUUGCUACUUUAAUAUACCCAUUUCAGUACGUUCCUGUCUUUCAGGUUUGCUUCCUUCUCUGCUUUUGUUUGGGUGUCUGAAUUUGCAGAAAGCUUCUGCCCCUUAUUCAGUCUGGCAAUGCUAAGAGAUGCUGCUGCGUUGCUCUUGCAAGGGUCAGCCACCCGUUUCUCAUGGACUCAGAGACUUUAAGGCCAGAUGAGACCAUCGUGAUCAUCUAGUCUGACCUGCACGUUGUAGGCCAUAGACCCUCAAUCGCCCACUCCUGUCAUAGACCCAUAACCUCUGGCUGAGUUACUGACGUCCUCAAAUCAUGGUUUAAAGGCUUCAAGUUACAGAGAAUCCACCACUUACAUUAGGUUAAACCUGCAAGUGACCCAUGCCCCAUGCUGCAGAGGAAGGCAAAAAACCUCCCAGGGUCUCUGCCAAUCUGACUCGGGGGGGGGGGGGGGGGAUUCUUUUCUGACCCCAACUAUGGCGAUCAGUUAGACCCUGGGCAUGUGGGUGAGACCUGGGAAAGAAUUCUCUGUAGGGACUCAGAGACCUCCACAUGUAGUUUCCAUCUGCUGCAAGAGGAAUGCCAUGGAACGAGGAAGGCAGGGAGAGUUUGCUCAGAUGAGAGGUGUGCCAAAGAGGCCUCGGUUGGAUCUGGAUUGAGUUUAAGCUGGGGUUCUGCUUCUGGGCCGGCUCAUUAAAAGCUUUGGGUUUGAAGGCACCAAAAUCUCAGGCAAUUUGGCCCACAAAUAAUUUUAUGAGAUUUCUGACAUCUUGAGGGGUGGAAAUCUUGUGAGAUCAGCAUUUCUUGUGAUAUUUCUGCCAUUUUGGGCUGAAAUCUUUUGUCCUGAGAUUUUGACUGCAGUUUGAACUGAGAUCAGAAGAUGAGGUUCUUCCAGUUUCGGAUGCAACCUUCAAAUGAAACCGAGAGAGACAGGUUUGGGUCUGGGGCUUCAAAUCUAAAUGUCCAUAAAUUCAGAGUGGUUCGGUUGAGCUGAUCUGGGAUUCUUCUGGCUAGUGAUGGGCCCAUGAUGCUAAGGUUGAUCUGGAUCUAAACUUCUCCGUAGCAGGCGAGCAAGAGUCUGAGUGCCUAUGACUAAUUUCCUCUUGUCACUUAAUACAAUGGAAUGAGAUGAAAGGUGGAGGAAAUGAGCUAGGACUUUGUGGCUGCUUUUCUGCAGAUGAUCUAGGCUGGGUAGUUUUCUCUCCCAACAUUAUUUCUAAGGGGUUGGGUGUAAUUUUAUUUAGUUCUUUAUUUAAAAAAUAAUCAGUCGCUGGGUUACAGAUUUGCCAGGAUCUCAUCCCUGCCUGUCCCAUCUGCCCCAACUACCAUCAGGAGGCUCCAUGUGUUAUCGUUAGAGGCCAGUCUAGGCCAUGCUGCCUGGCCUGUUGCCUCAUGAUCUCUGGAGCAAGGUGGGGCUGUGGUGUUCUGCACUGGAGGAGCUCUUCCUCUGUUUUCUUUUUGGGCCUCAUCCUCAGCUACUCCCAUUUACAUCAGCAGAGUAUCUGGCGUAUGAGCUCGGAUCUAGAAUGGUUCAGGUGAUCAUCUCUCACCGGGUUCGGUAUUAUUUGUACCAUGUAGGAAAGGAUUGAGAAUCUCCAGCCCCUCUGCAGCUCCACCCUGAUCCCCUCAGUUAGUUCAGGCAUCUCUGCUCACCCUCAGCACCCUUCUUCCCCUACCACUCCAGCGUUGGAGGUUUGAUUCCCUACUUCCCAACAAAGUGCCUUGCUUGGGGGAUGACAGUCCAGACUAGCUGAGGCCUGCAGUUCCUGAGAAGCUAAAGACAGAAUGGGGUGGCUGGCAAGGAUGGGUCAAAGCUGGAUUUUUGUCUUCACCCCUGGACUUGGCUUUUCCCUCUCAUGCUUUGCACCUGUUACUACAGCACUGGGCCCAUGGUGAUCCCCGAAGGCGACCGUAGUGGCGCGACAACUGGGACUGAGGGGCUCUGGCUGCCUGGCCUGUGGGGGAACCCCCAGAGUUUUGGGUAGGAUGAGGGCAGGGGUGACCAUACGGGGGGCCGCAGUGUAUUCCUGAAGGGACUAGCUGCUACUGCUGCUGCUGGGAAUGGAAAUAAUGAAGGGGGUUUGAAAGCCAAUGGCAAACGCACAGAUUUGUCUCCACUGAACUUCGGGAAGUGCCUUUAAUUUAUUUGUGGCGGGCGUGAUCGGUUCACCAAGCUGAUCAGAAGGCUCUUAAGCACUGGGGUUUCCAUUCGCCACCCCAGCCCCUUCCUGUGGCCUCAAGCUGCAGAUUCGACUGGCCAGCGUGUUCACCCUACACCUUGUUCAUCCCCUGGGACCCCCCCCGGUUUGCUGUCAUGCCUAUUCUGGCAGCACAGGUAAGAUGUGGCGGGGGCAGUGUCUGGAAGUUGCUGCUAAGACUUUGCCAUUUAGCAGUAGUGAUCUAGCUUAGGAAUUGGCAAGCCCCAUGGAGGGUGACCACCGGAGCCUCUUCUCCUUCCAUGUCUGCGUCUGGUAGAGACUCGUUGGAAUCGCUCCAGUUUGCUUGGAGUCCAUUUGGAUUUUUAUGAGCAGGAUUUUUCUCUUUGAACAAAACUUUCCAUAUUGUCAAAGAAAUAAAGGAGGGUGUUUUGUGUUGUGCCUGUUUGAACACUGA